AUGUCGACGACGCCGAGCAGCACCCAGCCCGCGCAACAGAGCUUGCUGGCGAAGAAGUUGGUCAUGGGGGGCAGUGUGGUGCUAUGGAUCGUUUUAAGCUUCUCCGUUAUCAUCUUCAACAAGUACAUCCUCGACCGGCGACUGCUGAACUGGCCGUUCCCCAUCAGCCUCACGAUGAUCCACAUGGCCUUCUGCUCCUCGCUCGCCUUCCUGCUCGUCAACGUCUUCCGCGUCGUGCAGCCGCUGCCCGGCGGGCUCAAGCCCGACACCUACUUCACGUGCGUCGUGCCCAUCGGCGCGCUUUACGCGCUGAGCCUCUGGUUCUCCAACUCCGCCUACAUCUACCUCUCCGUAUCCUUCAUCCAGAUGCUCAAGGCGCUCAUGCCCGUCGCCGUUUACCUCCUCGGCGUCGCUUUCCGGAAGGACGCUUUCCGCGGCGCCACCUUCGCCAACAUGAUGCUCAUCUCGUUCGGCGUCGCCAUCAGCGCAUGGAGCGAGGCCAAUUUCAACGCCACGGGAGUGAUGCUGCAGCUGACGGCCGUGGUGUUCGAGGCGACGCGCCUGGUGCUCAUCCAGAUCCUGCUCACGUCCAAGGGCAUCUCGCUCAACCCCAUCACCAGCCUCUACUACAUCUCGCCCGUCUGCCUCCUCUUCCUCUCCUUGCCCUGGUUCCUCGUCGAAUUUCCCAAGCUCGUCCCGGUCAUGGCUGCCGGCGCGCACCCGAGCGUGCUCGUGUUCGGCGUCAACUGCUUGUGUGCGUUCGCGCUGAACCUCUCAGUGUUCCUGCUGAUCGGCAAGACGUCGGCGCUGACGAUGAACGUGGCGGGGAUCAUCAAGGACUGGCUGCUCAUCGCCUUCUCCUGGUCUGUCAUUGCCGAUAAAAUCACCACCUUCAACCUGCUCGGCUACCUGCUCGCGUUCGCGGGCGUGUGCUGGUACAACCACGUCAAGAUGCAGGAGAUGAACGCCAAGGAAGCAGCCAAGAAGCAGGCGCAACAAACGGACGAGGAGGCGGGACUGCUGGAGGCCUCAAGAGAAGCUCAAAAGUAG